AUGUCCUCGCAAACACCCGCGCGAACGCUAAACGUCCUCGUCGCCCUCACUGACCCCUCGGCCUUCCGCUUUGGCUGCUCCAUCGUUGCGCGCCUGCAUCGCCUCCAGCAUGUUUCUCUGAAGAUCAUCGCGUGCAAGGACUUCCCGACCACGACGCACACGACUGUCCCGCCCCAGCUCGAGCCCGUCUGGUACACGUAUGACCCCGAGAGCGACACGACGCCCGAGUGGCAACAUGCCGACUAUCAGGAGACCAACGUGGCAGACUACUGCUCAUGGGCCGACUUGCUCGUCCUCGCACCGCUUGACGCCGAGAAUCUCGCCCGCAUGCUCCAUGGAUUCACAACAAACCUGCACCUGAAGAUCUUGCGCAGCUGGAAUGUGUCAAAGAAGAUAAUGCUUAUACCGGGCAUGUCCACGCUGAUGUGGGAGAACCCCAUGUCGAGGAAGCAGAUCAGCAAGAUACGGCGGAAGUGGAACUGGAUCCGCGUACUCCCUCCGUUCUUGUGGUCUUUCGACCAUUCCGGGCGCAAGUACCACCCAUGGGUAGAAGGGCACAAGGCUUUCAAUGAAUCUAUACAAACCCAGAUCGAUUUGAUGGCAGUCGGUGAUCGCACUAUCGCACUACCUAUUGCCCAUCUCCCAACACUGACACCUACGCGAAGCAAGGGGUCUCGGCUGCCGCCAGAGCUCUGGUCCAUCAUCCUGGAAUUUACCAAGGACUGGGAGCUGGCGACUACAUUGAAUGUCCACACGAAUCUGCCCAUACCGAAAGAGUGGCGACAAUCGGCUAGCGAUGAAGGCCCCAAGACGCAGAUGCAGAAGAUAGAAUGGGCGCUUCUUACCUAUCCCUAUUCGGAGAUCAAGGCUGUGUUUGACUCCGAGAACCCCACACGCAUCUCCCGCGUAUGCAUCGAACUCAUCAUGCGCUUUGCCAUGGUACCCGUUCUUGCACACCUGGAAAAGUUCCACAAGGAGCUCUUCUGGGGCACAUUCGGGCACACCUUUCUACCCCACAAGGCUUCUGUGUUUGGAAAAACGGAGAUUCUCGAGUACUGGCGUACAUCGCCCACCUUCCUUACCAAAGAGUACUCUGCGGAAGCCAUUGACAACGCGAGCCGCACCAACUCGGUCCAGGCCCUUGACUGGUGGUACAACUCUGGCCUCUCACUGAAGUACACAGAAGCUGCGCUCGAGCAAGCUAGCUCGCAGGGCCACAUUCACGUACUCAAGUGGUGGAAGGAGCACAGCCGUUACAGGACGGCCCCCUCGGUACCUUCAUCACCAGUAGAUGAGCAAGCUCCUAGCAGACCCCGCCAAGACGACUUACCUCUCAAGGUGGGCAAGUCCAUCACCUACGCAACACAGUCAGGCUGCCUACCCGCGAUUCACUUUUGGGUUGAAUCCGGCAUUCCCUUUUCGCAUGAAGAUACAAUAGCCAAAAUCGCCUCGACCCAUGGCCACACACAUAUUCUAGACUACUGGCGUACCCUUCGCGGCGAGAAAAUUCUCUUUGACAACCAGGUUCUCGUAGGACCGACCAAAAUGGGCCAUGCCGGCGUGCUAGAAUGGUGGAAGCGCAGCGGCCUGAAGGUGGAGUACAAGACGUGUGACAUCGAAGAAGCAUUAGAGGAUGGUGUUGAGGGAGCGCGGGGAGAUGCCGUGCGAAGAUGGUGGGCAUUGAAUGGGUUAAACCUUGGGAUAGGAACGAGCGAGUGGAUGAAGAUCAAGGUCUUGGGGUCGUGA